AUGCCCUCAAAUAACUACAAGGCUAUCCGAGCAAAACAAACCGCAAAUACAAUCACAGUGUACCAAGCAUAUUCCCCCGAGAUAGCCGAGCCAGCACUCAAAGCCCAAACAUUCGUCCCACCAUUUUCACGGGAGAGAAUGACAUGGAUCAAGCCCUCUUUCCUAUGGAUGGCAUACCGAUCAGGCUGGGCAACCAAAGCCCGACAGGAACGUGUCCUAGCGAUAGAGAUUACCCACGAAGGUUUCGAAUGGGCAUUGCGCCAUUCCUGUUUGAGUCACUACACGCCUAGUGAGACAAGCCAGGAGGAAUGGCAGAAGAAUCUGCGUGCCAGCCCGGUGCGCGUUCAGUGGGAUCCCGAGCGGGAUCUCUUUCUGCGGUCUUUAGAUUAUCGGAGUAUUCAGGUUGGGUUGAGUGGGGAGGCUGUCGGGCGAUAUAUUGAUGAGUGGAUUGUGUCGAUUACGGACGUGACUGCUACUAUGAGGCUGAUCGACGGUUAUCUUAAGGAUGGGAAGGUUGAUGAGGCCAAGGGUUGUUUGCCUGAAGAAACUCUGUUUGCUUUGCCUGAACAUUUGCAGAAGAGUCUUACCAUGGGAUAA